AUCUUUUUACUCGCGAGGACAUGACAAACUAAAUCAUGAUGUAAACUUCCGGAAUUCAACCGACUACGAGCCGAGGUGUCCACGCACCUCAACGCGUCAUCUCCUCAAUAUCCCCUUCCCAAAUUAAACAUUUAAUUAUUCUUAUUAUUACUUUUAAACGGAACGUUAAUAACAAUGUCCGAUAUCGACUCUGACGAGUUUGACGAGGAGCGCAAUAAACUCGGGGAAUACGAAGGGGACCGAAAUGAGGCUGGGGAACGACAUGGGAUGGGUAAAGCUGUUCUGCCGAAAGGAGACGUUUACCAAGGACGAUAUGAACGUGGGAAAAGACAUGGCAAGGGCACAUACCGCUUUGUGAACGGAGCGAGAUAUGUGGGAGACUACCUCCAGAACAUGAAACACGGACAAGGCAUCUUCUACUACCCAGAUGGAUCCAAAUAUGAAGGCUCGUGGGCCGAGGACUUGAGACAGGGUCAUGGUGUUUACACAUACUCCAAUGGGGACACGUACGUUGGAGAGUGGCUAAAUCACAUGAGGCACGGCGAGGGCACCUAUCGUUACCAUGACACCGGGUCGGUGUACACCGGGAUGUGGGCGAAUGGCAAGAUUGAGUCUGUCGGAGAGUUCAUCCACGCCAACCACAGAUACAGCAGUAACUUUGUCAACAAUAAUCCAUCUGGUCCAGGAAAGUAUGUGUUUGACAUUGGCUGUGAGCAGCACGGUGAAUAUCACCAAAUAGAGCAGGACAGGGCCGAAGGCGAGUGGGGUGAGCCAGGCUCCAGUACGCUUCUCAAGUGGUUUCCAAAAUGCAUCACGGGCCUUACGUCGCAGGAAACUGACGGCGAGGGUGAAGGCGAGGGCGUGGGUGAGGGCGAGGCUCCACCCGAGGUUUCACUCGAGGCUCCAGCCGAAGCGUAGCCAGCGACCAACCUUACUAUACGCGAUACGGUAGAAAUUGAAAGAACAUACCUGAUAUGAACAGUACAGCGCGCACAUUGAACUCCUUCUAGGCCGUGGGGGAAAUACGGCCUUUAGAAUUGUACCCAUGUUACAUUUAGACAGAAAUGUCCUUUUUUUUUUGCGUGUGUCAUCAUACAAUAUAAAGUUGUUUUUUUUCAGGCCUUAGAUGAGUUUGCGUCACCUUUGACCCAUCCCAACCCGCUGAGGUAUCAUAAUUACAUAUUUACAGCUGCAGGACUCUCCCAGUUACCGUAGCGUCCAUAAAUUCACUUGACGGACAACACGCACUGUUCCUUCACUGUCAAUUUUGCACUUGUCCUAGAAACAAAUGUCCCCGUUUUCUUCAGCAGGUCUUAGAUUGUUCUUCUUGACACAAGAUGGGUACUGACAAAAAAAAAAAAACGUUUUCGACAUAAGACUAAAGUAUCCAUACAUUAAAACAUUUAAUCCCACCGGUCACAUUUGUCAAGGACAACAAUGAUUUAAUUUACAGGACUCUAAAAAUUUAUUACCGAUUACUUAAAAGGGCUACCUGAUUUUGACUUUUAAAUGUCUGGGAAAAACUUGGGUUAAUACAAACGUGAAUGAGCACAAUAAAGAUAAUAAGUAACAAGUCACAUUUUGUAAAAUAAUAAAUGUGAAUUAGAUU